GUAACAGCUGCAAAUUGGUUGGGAACAACCAAGCUAGGUUGGCAAGGGUGGCCAACUUGGAUGGAUUGGUUGGGAAGGGACAAAGGUCAAAGAGAAGAUGAAUGAGAGAGGAGGAGAUGCUAAUGGAAGAGGAGCUGUACCUGAGAAGACAAGUGAGCCGCCGCCAUCAAAGGUUGAAGCUUUGGAUGGCUCCAACUAUGAGGAAUGGAGCGGACGGAUGAGGAGUGCCUUCAAACGCUACAAGCUACUGAAGAUUGCUGUUGGGGAAGAGAAGAUGCCGGAAGAAGGCGAAGCACGGCGCAGCAGAGGAAGAGGGGGUUGGAAAGGCCGAGGCCGUGGGAGGAGCUUUGGCAGAGGUAGAGGCCGAGGUGACUAUAAUGAGGGGCAUGGGAGCUCCAGUGGCAGGGGGAGUACCAGAAUGGAGGGCACCUGCUGGUACUGCAAGAAGGUCGGGCAUCCUUGGUUCAAGUGCUUCAGCAGGCCGGAGGGAUGGUCACCUCCAGGCAUGAAGCCGCCAAGUGGUGAACGCGCACAAGGUGGCGCUGUGCAAGGCUCAGGUGCACAAGGUGAAGGUGCACAAGGUAAUGCCUAUCCUGGUUUGUUUGUUAUGGUUGAGGAUGUGCAUGGGCAUGAGGGUGAUGUGGGAUCUGUGGGAAAGGUUGUGAUGCACCCUCUCACGCACUGGGUGAUUGAUUCGGGUUGCACCAGUCACAUGACCCCACGGGCAGAUUUGCUUGAUGAGGUAAAACCCCCUGGGAAGAACAAGUAUGUGGCAGCAGCGUCAGGUGCUUUGCUCCCUGUGAUUGGCGUUGGGAAUGCCAAGGUUAAGGGAGCUAAUGGGGAGCUUGUGGGGCUUGGGAAUGUUCUGCUGGUUAAAGGCUUGUCUGCUAACCUUCUCUCUGUGCGGCGACUGCAGAAGAGUAAGGCCGAAGUGACCUUUGGACCAACCAACUGCCGUGCUAAGCUUGGGAAGAAGGUGCUGUGGAGUCUGGAAGAGGAGACCAGCUGCAUCAAGGACCUGUGGCAGCUGCCCAUCAUCCCAUGGAAUGGGAAGACUCCAACAGCAGCAACGGCAGCAGCGGCAAAGGCAACAGCAGGAGGAGAUGCAACUGCACCAACUGAUGGGGUCCUGGAAGCAGUCAAGAAAGUGCACCAGCAGCAGACACAUAGUGAGGUGCUUGCUGGUGUGGAUGCGAGUGCGGCAUGGGCUAAGGCUUCAUCAAGGAGUGGAGAGGCCGAUUGGGAGACAUGGCAUGAGAGGUUGUGUCAUGUGAACUUCCCUAUGCUGCAGAAGUUGGUGAAGAAUGGGAGCCUGAAGGGCUUGGAGGUGAAAGGGGAAGUGAAGGAGAUUGGGAGCUGCCCUACAUGCUUGGAGACCAAGUUCUCCAAGUUCCCCUUCAACAGUGCUACAGGACCAGCCAAGACCCCACUUGCACUUGUGCACAUGGAUGUGGUGGGGCCCACAAGAGCCCCUUCCCUCUCAGGUAGCCGCUAUUUCUUGACAAUUGUGGAUGACCACACUCGGGCAGUGUGGGUUUACCCUUUGAAGAGCAAGGGGGAGGUGGCAGCGGCUGUCCUUAAGGAGUGGAUGCCGAGAGCUCAGAGGGAAUGCGGAUACAAGGUGAAGGUGAUCCGUAGUGACAAUGGUGGGGAGUUCAUUGGAGCUGAUUUUGAGGGGGAGUUGAAGAGGAAGGGGAUCCAGCAUCAACUGACAGUGCCCUACAACCCGCAGCAGAAUGGCGUGGCUGAGAGAUUCAACAGGACCCUGCAGGAGGGGGCACGCACUCUCCUUGGGCGUGCAGGGCUGCCUGAUCCGUUUUGGGUGUCUGCACUGAGGCAGGUCGCCCUUGUGAAGAACAGGGUGCUGGCUACAGUUGGGGAUAAGGAGUGGAUCCCAUAUACCAAGUGGUAUGGGAGUGCUCCAGCUGUGAACAUGCUGAGGGCAUUUGGGUGCAUGGUGGUGUUUCAUGUGCCUACGGAGAAAAGGGGGAAAUUGGAGGCUUCUGGAAGAUGGGGUGUGCACUUGGGGAUUGCAAAGGAUCACAAGGGGUGGCUGCUAUGGGACUUGACCACCCAGAAGCUGACAGUGUCAAGGGAUGUGAAGUUUCUUGAGUCCCUGUACUACAAGGAAUGGAAGCAGCAGCAACAGAAGCUUCCAUCUACACCGCUCAUUGUGGAGGCAGAUGAGGUGCAGCAGCCUUCAAGACAGGUGGAGGUUGCAGUGUCAGAGGAGGAGAUGUCUGGGGUGACUGAGGAAGGGGGAGCAGCUGAAGUGGAGCAGCAACAGCAACAUGAGUCUCCACCUCGAGUUCCACAGCCGCCUGAGCGACCUAGGAGGGAUGUGCGCCCUCCUGUGAGGCUGACCUAUGGGGGAAGAGGCAAGCCAAAUGUGGUGCAGGCUGGGAGUGUGGUUGAGCAGAUUGAGGAAGAUGAGAUCGCUCACUGCUACUGGGCACCAAUCCCUGAGCCCAAGACUCGAGAAGAGGCCUUGAAUGGACCAAAUGGGGAGAAGUGGAAGGCGAGUGAGGAUGAGGAGUUCGGGUCCCUGAUUGAAAACGAGACAUGGGACCUGUGUGACUUGCCUCCUGGGAAGAAGGCAAUCACUUCCAAGAUGAUCUACAGGCACAAGUAUGGACCUGAAGGGGAGCUGACCCGCUACAAGUCUAGGCUUGUGGCAAGGGGGUUUCAGCAGACAAAGGGGAAGGACUAUGAUGAGGUGUUUGCUCCUGUGGGGAAAGGAACAACAUUGAGGGUGCUAUUGGCGAUGGCUGCACUCCUGGGAUGGAAGAUACGGCAGAUGGACAUUGUGACUGCCUUUCUGAAUGGGAUCAUUCUGGAGGAGGUGUACAUGAAGCAGCCAGAGGGGCUGGAUGAUGGGAGCGGCAGGGUCUGCAGGCUGAAGAAGGCCAUCUAUGGCCUUAAGCAGGCGCCUCGUGCAUGGUAUCACAAGUUGGAGGAGGCGCUGUUGGCUGGGGGUUUCAAGAAGAGUGAGUGUGACCCCAGCCUGUUCCUGCUGCAGGAGAAGGAUGAAAUCCUCAUGCUCUUGGUGUACGUGGAUGAUAUCCUUCUCUUUUCUGCAUCAACUGCUUUGUUGGACAGCGCAGAGCAGAUGCUGGAGAUGCAGUUCAAGUGCUCCAAGAUGGGUGAGGUGAAGUACUACCUGGGGAUGCAUGUGGAGAGAGAUGUGGAGAAGGGUGUGCUGAGGUUGCACCAGAGGAAGUACUGUGAGGGGCUGGCUGAGAAGUAUGGGCUGCAAGAUGGGGGAAAGCCAGCAACACCACUACCUUCAGGGUUUACUGUGGAGCCAUGUGCUGAUGAGGAGGUAGUGGAUGAGAGUGACAGGAAGCUGUUUCAUUCGAUGGUUGGGUCACUAAAUUAUGCUGCAAAUCAUACACGGCCUGACAUUGCAUUUGCUACAUCACGGUUAGCUAGUGUGGUCUCACGCCCUAGUCAUGAGCAGCUGGAAGCGGCCAAGAGGUUGGUCCGCUAUGUGAGUGCUACGGCAUCAGUGGGAUUGGAGUACAGUGGAGUGAGGCAGCGGUUGCAGAGAGGUGCUGCAGAUGUGAAGAGUGGAAAGAUGCUCUUGAGUUGCUAUACUGACGCUAGCUUCAACUCAGUGAAAGCGGAUGGCACCAGCAUUGGGGGUUAUGUGUGCUUGCUAGGAGGUGGUGCUGUGAGCUGGCGCAGCAAGAAGCAGAAUGAGGAGAAGCCGACAGUUGUGUUUUGUGACAAUGAGUCCGCUGUGAAGCUCGCCAAGAAUGCUUGUCUGCAUGGGCUGACAAAACACAUAAGGCCUAAGUGGCAUUGGGUGAGGAGAAUCCUUGAUAAGGAGGUGCGGCUGGAGAUAGUGAAGACCCAUCAGCAGGCAGCAGAUAUUUUCACUAAGCGUCUGGCGGAGGCGGAUCAUUGGAAAGGCAUGAAGCUUGCUGGAAUGAGUGUGCAUUGAGUAUGCAUGCUUGAGAUGUUGGUAUGGUGGUUGAUGGUUGGCAGCCAGAGGGGGAGAUUGUUGUGUGAUGUCAUCAUAUGCUAUCACAUUCUGUCUGCCUCCCAUCCCAUGUUUUUUCAACUUGCAUGUGUGGUUUGAAUGUGCAAGCAUUUGUGUGUGGUGUGUUCUGGAGUUUGGGAA